GCACUCGCCUGGAGCGCCCACAACAGCGAUGCCUCAGCACUCCGACACCGGUGAGCUUGACAUCACAAGCAUCACAGAGCAAGUCUUGGAGUUUGAUAAGAAGCUGAAAGAGCUGCUAGAGAUCUGCAACAUGCGCAGAAAUGCCCACCACAAGCUGCGCACGGCUUAUGAGCUAGAGACCUGCAACAACCUCGAGCGAGAGCAGGAGAACCUCAAACUGGCUGAUCGCUUGCGGGAGCUUGAGCCCGCGCUGGGCAAGAACCAUGCGCUGCAGCAGGCCAAGCUCAACCUUGUCACUCAGCUUGGGGAGGAGGAAAGUAAACGCCAGAAGCUUGAGGAGGAGUCCCGCGAGCUCCGGAGCCGGUUGCGAGAGGCCAGGCUUCAGGGCGUGCACGAUCGCGCACUCAUCUCUGAGCUUCUUGAAGCUCAGCACGCGCAGCCCACACAGUGUCGCAAGCUGGAAGCAUUCGAUGCUUGUUGCCAGACGGAUGGAGAGGGCGACAAUCAAGAUGGAAGCGCUGAGGAGCCCUUCGAUAUUGAAGAAGAGUUCGAUUGCAAUUGGGCAGAGGUCCUGUAUGGAGCUGGCGUGCAGGUGGGUGCAGAACCGCCUACGCAAUGUUCGGUGGAGAUCUCCCGCCACGCAACUUUAGCAAGAGAUGUUUUUGAUGCAGAGGUGGCCCCGGGCAAUGGUGACUCCUCUGCAAAUGCGGCGGCAGAAACCACGCUGCAG